CCGCUUGCUGUCUCGUCCUGCUGUUGAAGCUUGAAGUUUGUAGUCUUUGCUGUCGAGCGUUCUAGGAAGUCUUUGCCUUGUUGUUAUCACAGCCGCGAGUCGUUCGCCAGUAGUUCUGCUGACAGCGCUCUCAAUAUGCCACUCCUUCAGGGCGAAGUAUCGCUACUCACAUUAUUCGCAGACAUCCAUUACUAUUUCAAUGCUCCAUCCUCCAAGCCCCUUCAGCACCGUUUCGACCGGUCCUCCUACGUAUACUUGUACCAUGACGCUCUCCAACGGCGGGGUCGAGUUGAGAUAGCAAACCAUGCGGGCACUCCGGAUCAAGACGCAUUUCAAGGGUAUUUUGACACGUCCCAUAUCGAGUACUCGUACAAACACCCCAAUCUGUUCACGAUCACUGUCCAUGGGCGUCCGACUCCGAAUGGCAGGCCGUCGCUUAGUCCCCAGCAAGAUCUCUCGCAAUGGCAUCUUCCCACGUAUGACUUACGCAACGAAAAUAAGUACAUGUAUAAGAUCCACACCUUGGACAUCUAUUUCUGGACCACCGAAGAUGCUACGCUGUUUUUGGAUUCCCUUAAGAGGGUCCUCCAAGAGCAUCAACUGGUCCUAAAAGAUGCGCCGGCCCCCAUCCAUCCCGAACACCAGGAUACCAUGAGCCCGGUUGUCCAAAAUCUGGAGAAGUUAGCGGUGACGAAGCCAUUCCAACCCAGUGGAGAUGUCAGCACGACGCAGACGCAUUCCAGCCCUAUGCCUGUGACGCCCGUCCCUGCCCCUGCGCCUGCACCUGCAGCAACUCCAGUGAGCCCUGCAACAACUCCUGCAGUAGAUAGCGCCACGCCGAACUAUACUCCCAUGGCAUACAAUCCCGCCGCACCAGCUGCUCCUGAGCCUAUUGCACACCGCGAGAAGACCCCCCCGCCUCCAGAUGCGGAGACUGGCACUGGCCUGGUGGCCGCUGCAAUCACGGAGCACGGCGCUGGCCCCGCCCCGCAGCCUGGAGGAUACCCCCAACAACCAUACAUACCCGGCCCGCCCUCCGCGAUCGGCGUUCAGCGAACCAACACCGCCGGCAGCUUCGGCACCCCCACCCCUCCCCAACCAACCCCACCCACCUCCCUCUCCUUCGCUCCCCCACCGCAACAACCCGUCGUCGACCCAAAUGCCCACCUCUACGCCUCCCAACCCACCUCCCCUCCCGCUCAACCCCAACCUCCCGCCUCACAAUACGCCAACUACACCCCCGCCCCCGCCCCCGCUCCCCCCACCCCAGCAGGCUACGCACCCCAACAGCCUCCUCAACCCUUCUCCCCAGGCUAUAUUCCCCAGCAGCAGCAACCACAGCAACAACCUACAGCGCCAGGCUAUGCUACCCAGCCGGGCAUGGUGCAUCAGCAGCUCUACCGGCCGACCGAGGCAGAUAUGGCGGGGGACGGACACAGUGGGUACGCGCAGCUCGCGGCGGGACAACCGGCGAAGCCAGGGCCAGGACAGCCGGCAGCGACGGGGAGGCUGGAGCAGGGGUUUGGGCGGGUGGAAAAAGGGGUGGGCCGGUUUUUGAAGAAGUUGGAUAAGAAGAUGUAGGUGAUGGUGGGCUUGACGGAUUUUAACGAUUCUCUUCUUAGAUGAUGCGUAGGAGCGGGUUGAGCGAGAUAUGUUGGGUUUUUGCGCAGUUUGUUCCCUUAGCAGUUUAAGCAGGAUGUUUGUUUAUGAAUGCAAUACGGUAGCAUUGAAGCUGUGUAAUCAUGUAUUUGAAGUGAACUGGACCAAAAAAGCCGGUACAUCCAGCACGAGCAAGAUCUAGGUAUAUAUAUAUACAAUGACCGCCUCGGUCCUAGCUCGCGAUGUAGUCUAUCCAAAACCAACACGUCCAG